UAUAUUGACUACAAUACCGUGUGCAGUAGAUACUACGAAAAAGGGUUAGAUUUCAGUUACUCACGCAACGGUUUUUGUUUUUGUAUUUUUUGUUCGUCUGUGUUGAGACUGAUAUCGACAAGUAAUUUUAACAGUCACAUUACACACAAUUUAAUUUGGAGAAAUAAUACCGGAAAGGAAUGAACUUCAACUCAAUUAAUCUAAAACGUUAAAGAGUUCUCCAAAUUUGUUUCUUGCUUCUCGGAAUUAGAAAUGGCAUUCUUCAUUGCUCUUUUGUUGUUUUUGCUGCCCAAUCAAUCGUAUACGGCUCAGUACAGAAUAUUCAGCCUUCACACAUUAUGUUCACCAGAAAAGUCCAACACAUGGAUUGAAAGUGUUUACCACGAUAAAGAUGCAACUACGAUUGAUUUGCACGACCAACCCUUAAAGUCUUCCGUUCUCAUCGAACAUGUAUGGGACAAUUCGUCAUACAAACAUUUUCAUCAUUGCGAGUUUAACAUUAGAGCACGUAGUAAAUGGCUGCAGGAAGCAAACAGUGGAUUAUUCGCAGCAAUUAGACAACUAAAUUUCCGCCAAAAUACAGACGGUGAAUGCAUUGAUUAUGUUAUCUUCGAAGUGAAUACCCUGACAGCGCCGACGAGCCACAAAAUCUGUGGUACAGUAUACGAGGACGAUGACUUUCUAGACGAAAAAAAUUAUUUUGAAAUACCAGGCGAUUCUCUUAAGGUCGUCGUCCACAUUGGCCCGCACACUACGCAACCGAAUAAAAUCAAUAUGAAACUAUCAUUUACUGCAUUUGAGGAUUGUACCGGAUCCUACAAAUUUCGUUGUACCAACAGCAAAUGCAUAUCGGAUAACCUGUAUAACGAUUUAGUCAUCAAUUGCAUUCCACCAUUUUGUACAGACGAACCGAGAUUCUACAGGAAAUGCGGCACGAGUCCUGCAAUUAUCCAACCAAAGGGACACAUCUUAUUUAUUGGUUCCGCGUUGAUAUUGGCAAUUUUCUUCAUUUCAAUGUCAUGGUAUUUCUUGAAGGCAUAUGAGCGUUGUUAUCGAUAUUUUGGUAUCGGAAUGGCUACCGAAAAUGCUUUUCUUGGUCCUACUGUCGAGUAUCAAAAUGUUUAUGUUCCACCUACGACACCUACGACUGAUAAUACACAUGGUGAAGCUGGAAGCAGCACGGACAGUCCGCCAACGUAUGACUCUUUGUUUAAGUAACCGUAGGCCUUGUAAAAUACUUCUGAUGACUGCGACUAAUUAUUAGAAAUUUAUUUUAACGCCAAAGUUUGUGGCAUCGCAUAUGCUCUUCUUUUAAUUGAAAUUUAUAAUUAAAAAAAACUUUACAACGAAUAUGAAC